CCCCCAAUGUCUCGCUCGAUUCCUUUGCGAACAUCGACUUCUCCAACCCGCUCGCCUACCCUUUCUCCACUACCGACGACGUGGCCAACGCUUAUCCUCCCGUCCUGCUCGAUUCCUCGCCGCAAACCGAAUCGACGUUCAUGAACGCCGACGGCCUCGCCUACCUGGACCACAUGCUAAACCCCUCCAUUCAGGAUCCGACAAACCCUUCCUCGCACCCCGCAGGCAGCACCGCUCUGCGCAUCCCCACCGACGCUCCCACAGCGCCCGUGUCCCCAUCCUCACAGCCACUCUCGCAACCCACCACCAGCACUUCACCCACGCCACCAAACAAGCGCAAACGCGCCAACCCCACCGCCGCAACGACAACGACAACCACCUCCACCUCCACCUCGCCCACGACAACAACCCCGCCCUCCAGCGACGACGCGGCCGCCGACGCAGACCGCGCCCUCAAGCGCCAGCGCAACAACACGGCCGCGCGCAAGUACCGCCAGAAAUUCGUCGACCGCAUCGCGGAGCUGGAGGCGGUGCUCGCGGCGACGGCGGCCGAGCGCGACGCGCUGAAGCUCAAGCUCGUGGGGCGGGAUGCCGAGGUCGAGGUGUUGCGGGGGUUUGUGGAGCGCUCGCGGAAGGGGCAGGGUGCAGAGGCGUCUGACGAUGUCGACAGUGUGGGAUAUCAGCUCGCGACGAGGUGUUCGGCCCCGCGCGUUUUUUUCAUAUCGGCAAAACAGCUUUGCUUUCUUCACGGCCUCUUUGUUGUGGGAGAAGGAUAGAUAGAUAGUAGGAAGGACGUUGGAAUCCAAACUCACCCACUACCCUC